AUGUUACAAUCAAUAAGAAAUUUUUUAAACUUUGUUUAUGGAUUAAUUUUUGGUGAAACUAAUAAUAAGAAAAAAAAGAAAUAUGUUUAUGAUAGAGAAUAUAAGGAAUAUCAAAGAGCUUUUGCUUCGGGAGAAUAUAUUGAAGAUGAAUAUGGUAAUGAAUAUAGUGAUGGUGGAAAUGAUUAUUAUCCUACAUAUUAUAUUGCUGAUGAGUAUGAAUCAUCUCCAACAUCACUAAGUAAGAAAACUCAACUAAGAAAAAGAAGAAUAAGAAGAAAAAAAAUUUUAAGAAAACCACCAUUUAUUAAAACUGAAGACUCUUAA